AUGACGGAGACAAGGCACGGCGGCUGUAGCAAUUCGACAGCGGCGAGGCAAAACAGCAGCAGCCCUUCUUCCGCGUCUCCUCUCUCGCGUUCGACCCCUCUCUCAGAUGCAUCUCUCUCGGUUCUGGCCCCUGAUGGCGACGCGACGGGAGACGAACGGCGGGCUCCAGCUUUGAGGAAUUUAGAAAAAGUCUCAAGAUGCAAAACUACAAAGACGAUAUGGGACAAGCUGCUACUCACUCAAGAAGGAACUGAACAAGUUCGAGAAACUCAAGUUAACAAGUUUACGAAGGAGUAUGAAAUGUUUCUCAUGAAGGAAGAUGAAGGCAUAGAUGAAAUGUUUGAAAGAUUCUCCGUAAUCAUCAAUAAUCUUGAUAUUAUGGGAAAGAAACACACUGAAGAAAAGCUCGUGAGAAAGAUUCUAAGAAGCCUCGUCAAAAAAUGGAAAAUCAAGAGCAUAGCAAUUGCUGAAGGCAAUAAUCUGAAAGAAAUCUCCUAUGACGAAUAUUUAAAAAUGAGAAAUUUGGCCGCUGCUGCAAGUGACAUUCUUGCAGAAAAUAAAGAAUUGCACGAGAGAAUUAAGAACUUAAACAUUGAUUUAGCAAAUUUUGCUCAAAGUUCUGAAAACUUGGACAAAGUUCUCGCAAAUGAAAGACCUAUUUUCAUAAAAUCUGGUCUUAGUUUUGUGGAGAAAUGGAUUUUGCAUGACUGGAAUGACGAAGAAUGUUUGAACAUAUUGAAAAAUUGCAAGGAAGCAAUCACGAGCAAAGGCAAAGGAGGAAAGGUUAUUAUCAUAGACAUGAUAAUAAUGGAAGAUGAGAAAAAAGGUGGUGGUGAUGAUAAAUCUGUUGAAACACAACUCUUCUUUGACAUGCUGAUGAUGGUGUUGCAGACUGGAAAGGAGAGAGAUGAAAAAGAAUGGGCCAAAUUAAUAGUUUCUGCUGGAUUUAGUAACUAUAAAAUAACUCCAAUUCUAUGA